AUUUUAUACCCUUACUAAGAAACUGUCCUUUGUCUCAUUUACUUUAUACUAAUGUGAGGAGCACAGCCAGACUAUCACAGCUUCAGACGUCAGUUUCUUCUCCAAUUCAGAGACAUCAUGGGAAGCUCAUCUUCUAGUGCUAAAAGUCCAGAAUAUCAGGAGGGUGAAAAUACAGAUCUGAAUGGAAAAGAUCCAAAGCCUGGAGAUCUGAUUGAGAUCUUCCGUGUCGGCUAUAAGCACUGGGCUGUGUACAUCGGCAGCGGAUACGUCGUUCACUUUGUGGUAAAUGGUUUAUGCUGCAGCUCCAGCAGGGUGCCGGUACCAGGAGAGAUGGGAGUUGUUAUGAAAGAGAAGCUGCAGGAAGUGUUGAACGGUGACAGAUGGAGAAUCAACAACUACCUGGAUAAAACAUGCCAACCUCAAAAGAUUUAUGCCAUUGUGAAGCAGGCCAGUGGAUUCAUUGGUGCUCGAAUGCCGUACAACCUGGUUAGCUUUAACUGUGAACACUUUGCUAACGAUCUACGCUAUGGAAAGCGCACAUCUCGACAGGUGAUCCAUGCUGGAGCAGGUGUGGGUGGAACCAUGGCAGGCCUUGUUAUAUUAGCUGGGACUGUGGUAGGAACCCUUAUAGGACUUGGCAGAAGCUGAAUGAGCAGAG